GCAAGGGGAUAUGCAUAUAUUUUGAACCGGUACCAUGUCUUUUGCCAGUUGAGUACCAAGCUAUUCGCGUUUUGGUUUACAUCGCUCUUUUAAACAUCUUCUAAUCAUGUUGAAAUACAUUUUCGGUGCUACUAUCGUAUUUUGCGCACUUUCAGGAAUCUUCACUGACGAUCUACCAGUCACCCAACAAUGCCUAGGUUGCAUCUGCGAAGCCAUCUCCGCCUGUAACACAUCCAGUGCUUGUAGUGGUGACGUUUGUGGUCCCUUCAGAAUCACCUGGGCCUACUGGGCAGACUCUGGAAAACCUACUGUUGGUGGGGAGUCCCCCGAAGCAGCCCAGGCAUAUGCCCACUGUGCUGGGGAUACCUACUGUGCCGCUUUGUCUGUGCAGGGAUACAUGAACAAAUUCCAACAGGACUGCAAUGGCGAUGGUAAAAUCGACUGUGACGAUUUUGCUGCUAUCCACAAGAUUGGAGGAUAUGGUUGCAAAGGUGUGGCCCUUCCAGAACCCUACGGAGAACGCUACAGGCAAUGCAAAGCUAUCGUUGGAUCUGGGCGUUGAUAGAAAUGAAUUUUCUUAAACAAAUCCGAAAUUUUUCUUUCUUCUAAUACUAUUUAUAUGAUUUUCUUUUCUUUCUUGAGCUUUUCUAUUAAGUUGCUGUGCAUUGUUUGUGUCUGAUGUAGAUAGAAAACAUCAAAGAUGUUUUCUAAAUGUGUGUGUUUAAUAUUUUAGUUAAAAAUGUGCCAAUAUGUUUGUUCAGUUAUUAUACUAUAACUUAAGUCAGUGUUAUUAUGGUAUUACAUUCCCUAAUGGUAAUAUAUGUAAAGUUUUUACUUUGUGAGACUGUGAAAAAAUAAAUAUUUUUAAAUAAAAA